AUGGCCAGUGAUGGUGCCGUACGCUCAGUUUCGCACAAUACUUUUGGAGAUUAUGCACAAAUCAUCCAAGGCGACUACAAUGCCCCAGUCCAUCCACCUAAGAAAGCUUUGGAGCUUGACUAUCUCCACGAGGCCACUUUCAAUGCUACCAACAAACAACAUGCACCGGGCUGUCUCGAAAAUACCCGAGUACAAGUUCUGAGUCAGAUAAGGUCAUGGAUAGAUGAUGAUGGGGAGAAGCGCAUCUAUUGGCUGAGAGGCAUGGCUGGUACCGGAAAGACGACCAUCUCAAUGACGAUCGCCCGCGAAUACUAUAAAAAACGUCGGCUUGGCGCAAGUUUCUUCUUCUCUAGAAGCAGCGGCGAUCUGUCUUCUACGACAAAGUUUGUGGCGACAAUUGCAAACGAACUUGCAGAGUCAUUGCCCGCCUACCGAGAACAUCUCCAGAAUGGCUUGGAGUCUUAUCCUUCCAUCACUAGCCGCAGCUUGUACGACCAAUGGGAAAAGCUGAUUCUUGAUCCUCUGCGCUCGAUGUCAUUAGACGAUGGCUUUCAGCCCAUGCUCAUAGUAAUCGAUGCUCUAGAUGAAUGUGGUAGUGAAUAUGAUCAAGGAGUGUUGAUUCAGUGUCUUGCAGGAUUGUCAGCACUGAAAAAGAUUCCUUUCCGCAUAUUCAUCACAAGCCGACCGGAGGGUACUAUUCAUAUAGGCUUUGACAGGAUCACAUCCUACUCACGCCAAGACUUCACUCUGCAUGACAUUGAAGAAUCAAUCGUGGCAGCGGAUUUGCGGCUCUAUUACAGGCAUCAAUUAACCGGCAUGGACAUUGACCAAUCUCUCAUCACUGAAGAAACCAUCGACAUUCUGGCCAGGAAGUCUAACAGAUUGUUCAUUCAUGCUGCCACAGUGUGUCGCUUUAUUCGACAAGGCGAGAUUUACGCGGCGAAAAGACUAGAGAGAUUUCUUGCUUCGCAGGAUUCGCAACUUGAGCCAGAGAGAGAGCUGGAUUCGAUUUACACGACUAUCCUAGAAAAUGCAUUUGCAAAGUUUGCUACUUUGCGACCAGGCGAAAUGGAAACUUUGCAGCUGUCUUACCAAAAAGUUGUUGGGUCUGUCGUCAUUAUUUAUGACAAAAUGUCUCUAACUGACUUUGCUACUAUGGUUGAUGUUCCUCAAGAGGCGUCUGGCCAGAUUUACGUGCUUCAUGCGUCGUUCAGAGACUUUCUUUCAGAUCCACAAAAAAGUUCAAGCUUGCGUUUUUCGAUCGAUCAUAGAAAGAUACAUACGAAUCUACUCCAACGUUGCCUCGAAAUCAUGGCUAUGGAGUUGCAGAAGAAUAUUUGCAGACUUCGAGAACCUGGGAAGCGAACCAAAGACAUUCCAGCAUCUGAUGUGGAUAGUCACGUUUCUCAGGCUCUACAGCAUCAGACGAAAAAUCGUUCCAUUAUUGAGGCUGCUCCACUGCAGUUAUAUAUAUCUGCACUCAUAUUUAGCCCGAGAACAAGUCUCAUCCGGCGCAUCUAUCAACAUCACAUUCCAAGUUGGGUCCUGUCCAUUCCUUCUUUGUCUGAGUCAUGGAAUCCUCAAUUACGACGAUUAUACUAUCGGGACUUGGCUGAGGUCGUAGCAUAUUCGCUAGAUGGCCACUCCGGAGAGGUCAUCAGCAUUUCAUUCUCACCAAACAGCAGUCUUCUCGUUUCUGCGUCCGACGAUAAGACUAUUAGAUUCUGGAAUGUCAUUACGGGCACAGAACUUCUAGGCUCUAUCUACUUGUGGGAUAUAAUAGAUAAUAAAGAAGUGUGGGUUUCGUGCCGCACGGGUGACGACAGCUCCAAAGGCGAUCGCGAUUUGACAAUUUCCCCUGAUGGCAAAAGCAUAGCAUGCAACGGGAAGCACAAGAAAAACGUCUGGCUUCUCGACACUGAGAAUGGAAAACCUCUGGAUAACGCCAAGUGUUUUGACACAGGCGUUAGGUCUGUCGCCUUUUCGCCCGACAGUAAGCUGUUGGCAGCGGCAGUGUUCAAGAAUAUUGAGAUAUGGAAUGUCGCCACAGGGGCAACACGCCGGAUCUCAACAAAGGGAAUCGUCGAUGCAGUCCUUUUCUCGCCAGAUGAAAAGACAAUUGCGGUAGCCAUUUCUGGAGUAAUACAAAUUCUCAAUACAUUUGCGUUUUCGGUCGAUGGAAGCGAGAUUGCUUCAGUUUCAGAGAAAAAUGCAGUUACUAUAUGGGAUACAAGAUUCCGAACAAAGCAUGUUGAUUCCGAAUUUUCCUUCGAGUAUCCCAGCAUUGUUGCAGCGUCGCGGGACGAUAAGCAAUUGGCCUCUGCGUCUUAUAGUGACGCUAUUCGACUGUGGGAUGGACAAACUGGCGCAAAAAGGGAGCUCUACAUACAGAGGCUGCGGCCCUUGGUCGAUAUGUUUUCGAAUUCUCAUUGGCUAAAGAAAUUCGUGAGUCGAUAUAAGAAACCAGCUUACCCAGGGAUUUAUUAUACGGGCCGAAAGAAGAUUAAUAUUUCAUCAAUUAUAUUCUCAAUGGAUGGCAACUUCUGUGCCUGUGUCUGGAAGACAAAGAGACUUCAAGUUUGGGAUGUUCAAAGUGGCAGAAUGCUGUUCGCUCGAAAGUUGAACUCAAGCACGUCAGAGAAUGCUGUAUUCUCGCCUGAUAAGUCUAUUGCAUUUUCUCCCAAUGGCAACAAGCUGCUUGCCCAUCGAUUUAGCGACAGGGUCGUUGUUAUAAAUGUGGAAACGCGACAGUUUGUGCACGCUUUCACUUCUAAUCUACAUGAACUCAAAGACUUAUCCAUUUUCGACGACAACAGAUACCUUGGUGCUUUGGACUUUAUGGGAAGAGUCUUUAUAUGGGAUCUAGUGACAGGCUCAGUCGUUUACGAAGGCUUUAUUCGCCCAAACGUGUCAAGUCUAUGGUUCUGCCUCAACGGGAAGCAUAUUUUUUUCACUGGAUAA